UUUGCUCUUUCCGUCUUAUAGCUGAGGCAUUAUAGGCUUGUUCUUAUUCAGGUCCAUUGAAUGACGUUUAUUGUACUGACGGAAGUUCAUAACUGGGCAUGUUUAUAUCAUAGUUUCCAGUGAUAUGUGCCAUAUGCGAUAUAAACAAUGUUGUUACGACUUCAGAUGCCCAUAUUUUUUAUCUACCAUAUUUGUUUUUGUUUUGGUAGCCAUUAUUGGUAAUCUUACUUCCUGGUCCUAUUUUGGUUUGAGCAAGGUGUCCAGCAUAGACGAAAUGACCAGUGACGUUACAGAGCACGCGUCUGGGGAUCAGUUUGAAAAAUGGAUGGAAUACCUCCCAUCUGGCGUUAUAAGUCAAACUCAGCUUAAAGAUCUUCUUAUUCCUGGUUCACAUGAUUCCGCAACUUUCGACCUGGAUCCAGCAGGUGGAAAAGCAGACGACUUCUCUUCAUACAUUAAAAUGGCGGAUGAAAAGAUUGAAAGAUGGUUUAAAACACAAAACCUUGAUUUUACUGAACAAUUGAAGUUUGGCGUUCGAUAUUUUGACCUGCGGAUUAUCAAACACCCUGAGACAGGGGAUAUUCGCUUUGUCCAUGGACUGUUCAGCCGUAAAACUGUCAUAGAGUACCUGAAAGAUAUUCGGAAAUUCCUCGAUGAAAAUAAGAAAGAAGUAGUUCUGUUGGACUUUAACCACCUUUACAAUAUGGAUAAACACGAUCAUAUAUCUCUUUGUACGGAAAUGGAAAGCACUUUCAGUGGAAUGAUGUUGAAUAGGAAGAAAUGUUUGGAUAGCGAUAUGCUUCUUAGUAAAAUGACACUAUCAAAUUUGUGGGAAUUAAAUGGACGAGUUGUAGUGAUGUAUGGUAAUGUUAGGAAAUGUCCAAACAACGAGUACAUCUGGUCUCGGAACGAAAUAGAUAUAUUAUGGCCGUAUACUCCUAAUAAAGAAUUAGUUGUGAACAACCUGAUGGAUCAGUACAAAGGUCUUUCCAAAAAGGAUGUAUUGGUCGUAUGGCAUGGAAUACUGACUCCACAUAGUGAUGAUAACUUUUCGGAUAGAAUGGAACGUUUUAAAAAUCUCCAUGAAUUUGUCACACCAACAACAGAGGUUAUUGUGAACUGGAUUAAAUCCCAUUCAAGUGUUCCUUUCAACAUAUGCUGUGCAGAUUUCGUGGAAGAACAUGAUUUUGUCAAAACAGUUAUAAAUGCAAACAUUAAAUCGGCGAUAGUUUAAAGCAUCGGGAUUUUUUUGAAAACUUUUAUCACCCCGCCGUGAUUAUAACAGUAUAUCAUGGUAUAUGCAAAUGGGAAAUUGACUGUCCCUCUGAUAUCUUUCGUCCCUCUUUUAGUUCUUUCAAUUAAAGAUCAAACUUAC